AUGAAAACAUCAUUUUUAACUAUCCAUUCAGUUUUGCUUAGCUCCCUCUUGUUUGCAACGGCUUAUUCUACAUCCCCUUUAAGAUCCCAUCUUAAAUAGUUUAAGGACCCAAACGCCCUCUAUGAUUUGUAAUUUCUUAUAUAUCCUAACCUUAUCAGUGAAGAAGCGGAAACUUUGAAUCAAAAUAAACUAGAUCAGACUGAUUUAUUCUAAAGAUAGCAGAGGAGAGUUAGAUAGCCUCCAACUUUCAUUGACUAUCAAAAAGGGUUCUCCUAAACUCCUUAUUAUGACUACUUAGAUAACUUCUUGCUAGGUUUGAAAAUCGAGACUGAUGUGCCAUCUUCAAGCGAGUGUGUGGACGCAUUAGUAUUCUUCCUAGAUGAUGUUAUCUACUUUCAAAAUAAUAUCACUGCUGUUACCAACAAAAUAGAGAGUUGGGAAGCUCCUCUAAUGAAUUUUUCCAGAAUGGUUGGAGGUAACCUAUCAGAAGUACCCUUUUAAUGCCACUAAUUUGCCAUUGACUAUUGGUCGUACACCAAAGAUAAGUACUCUGGUUUUGCUGGCAAUGUUGGAAAUAUUCUAUUAGCUUUCUUGUUCAAUCUCAUGGGAAACUCUUUGAAACUAAGAUAGGCCAUCACAGACAUUAAUAAUGAUAUCAAGAAUCAAUUUUAUACAGACAUUGCCUAAUAGUAUGGAAAAAUCAUAAGAUUGAUACUUGAUUUUAGUGCUGAUGAUCUAACAGCUGCUUCCCUAUCCUCAUCCCAACAAGAGUCAAUUUACCCUCAAAACCAAAUUGUCAAUCUUAUCCUUGCUCAACUUGCUUAUAACGUCAUCCCCAAUUUCAUUCAGCCAAUGGCAGAAAAGAAAUUUAGGCUUAAAGAGGAGUCAAUGCAUGGAGACGGCUCAUCCCUCUAUUUUGAUUUUGAGUAGAGAUUUUAAGACUUCUAGGAGAACUGGGAAUAAUAGAUCACUUCUGAAUUGAACAAAUAAAUAUCCAGCUUCACUGGACUUGAUUAAGCAGAGCUAUUAGAUCUUGAGAAUAAUCUUUUGGCUACUUUCAAUGGAGCUACUAGUGCCUUGCAAAUCGGAGCUGGACUGAUUAAUGGUAUGAUUAAUGUUCUGCCAACGAAAAGUUUCUUAAGGUAUUGCAGAGAUAAUGUGACAGCUGUUUAAACCAAUUACAAAACUAUGGUGACUAAAUUCAAAACAACAAAUGAUGAUGCAGCUGGCUUAAGCUCACUCUCUCUUCUUAUGUAAAACGUUCCAGGUAUUGCAUUCAACUGCUACUACUCAAUAGUAGACCCAACUAACUCAGGUACAACUGAAUAGUUCAGUCUUGUAAAUAUUGGAUGGAAUAUUCUCUACAAUCUUGGCUAUAUGUAUUCCGAUAUAAAAAAUUCAAUAGAUGUUUUCUAAACUAAAACAGACAGGUAUUAUGACCUAGGUAAAUACAUAGGAGAUUUUAUAAUGAGAUUCUUCUACAGUAGAUACAAUAAGAAGUGA